GGCUGAACGAAUCAUAUAAUUUCCUAAGUUCGCUGAUAGUUGGUCACACUGUGGACUGUGUGAUCACAAACUUGACGUGACAGCAGUUGUUAUGGCAGUAUGUUUAUCAAGCGUUAAAGGCAGUAAUUAUAUUGGUGUUACCUUUUUGUACACCAUUAUUUUCACACAAUGGAAGGUGGUGGGAAAGUAGCCGUAGAAGAAUAUGUUGAAAAUUUCUUAGCCGAGAAUUCUGCAUUAAGAAGAAAGCUGCAGAGUAAGGCUGAAGCAUUGUUAAUUCUUAGCAAGGAAUUAGACCAAUGCCGAACAGAGAGAGACCAGUUUAAGUUGAUGGCAGAGCAGCUUCAAGAUCGAUAUUCUGCUCUCAAGAAAAAAUCUCACGAGAUGGGUUUGAGUAAGAUGUCUUUAUAUUAUGACGGAAUGGAUUCAUAUGGUGCUAAUGCUCCAAGCAUACUACAGGUACUAGGGGAGACCAAAGAACAAAAUAAAGCACUCAAAAUGGAAGCAGAAGAUCUGAAACAAAAACUUAGAGAUGCUCAAGGUGAUAUAAAGGUACUCAGAGAGCACUUAAAUCAGCAGCGUAAUGCUCCGAUUGUCAGAGAUAAUGAAGCAUUUCCUUCCCACCAGAGGGAAGAAUUAGUUCAGCAGUUGGAGACACUGAAUCAAAGGUGCACACAGAUGGCUCUUGAUCUUCAGGCUGUUCUGGAUGAAAAGGAGGAUUUAGUGACAGAACGAGAUGCAUACAAGUGUAAAGUUCACCGACUGAACCACGAACUCCAUGUAGUUUUGAAGGGUGACAGUAACAAGGUUAUGGACGUUGAUGCUUUGGUCAUGGAAAAUAGAUAUUUACAAGACCGACUGCAACAGUGUGAAGAAGAAAAAGAAUUGUCAAAUCAGACAGUCGUGAAGUAUAAGAGCAUGUUGGAUAAGAAACGCAAUAAGGGAGCUGUGAAACUGGGAAGUAACAGCAGCACUGGAAUGAUAAUGUCUCAUAAGCAAGUGCAACAACUUCUUGAAAAUGGCACUGCUACACAGCUACCAAAUACUGCAGCCACUGUGGCAGAUCUGAAAAGUCUCUGCCUUGCACUUCUUGAGGCGCUGGGUGACAAGACUCUGGCAUUGUCACAUCAGAAAAAAGCUAACAGGAUUCUGGCAGGGCGCAUUAAAGAACUGGAGUAUCGAUUAGAAAGGAUAGAAGGAGGACGGGUUGCAGCAUUUCCAUCCCAGAUACUUCUUGAAGGCUACAGCAGUGCAACUGUAGACCGUGAAGUGGAAUGCCUGUUCAACAAUGAUUCUAGUUCGGAAGGAGAUAGCAGUCUCAAAGAAGUUCAAGAAGAAUGUGUUGAUGAUAGCAUGGAACCAAGUCAUCAGAUGGAACAGUGUAGCAAGAUGCCAGGUGAUACGUGUAAUCUUUCAGCUAUUGCACAUCUAUCGUUUGGCAGUGGAUGCAGAACUGGUUCAAUGGAUGAAAAUACCUCAGGGUCUUUGGAAGACUGUCUGCCUCCACAGCUCCAGUUGCUGGUACAGAAAGCUCUUGAAGACAUUAGACAACAGUCAAAAACUAGUGCAUAACUUUCUUUCAGUUUGCACCUGCCAGUUGUAUAUGGAUUCCCAUAAGCUAUACAAGAUAUGAUUCUUCCUGCCUAAAGCCAGCAUCUGCUGAAACAGCUGUGAUUCCCUUUUUUGUUUAUGUGUAUUGUAUUUAAUCAUAUAUUAUAUAAAUGUUAAUAUUUAUGUAUAUACAAUAAAUGUUUUCUUUUGCAA